AUGAGAAAUGCCUCGAUACUGUCUCCCAGUUGUGAGCAUGAAAAGGCCUUACGGAGGUUUGUGGUGGGAAAUAUUCUGGAAAAGAUUGAUGAUAAUCAGCCACUGAAGUUUUUCUCUGAGCUUCGGCCAUUAACCGUUGUCUUUGUCAAACUGCAAUUUUACGAGAGCAUAAAAAUGCCAGGGUUGUGCAGAUCAAUCCAGGAGGCCACUGUGCACAUUUCUGGUACCAUAGAGAGCUUGAGAGGCAAAAUUCUCAAAAUCUCCACAUUUGGCAAAUGCUGCACAUUUCUGUGUGUUUUUGGACUGCCAGGUGAUAAAAGGAUGGAUGAGAGUACUCGGGUCUUAGAUACUGCAAUGAGAAUCUCUGAUUUCUUCUCUGAAAAUCACAUGAAACUUGAGCUGGUUUCCAUUGGGAUUACAAGUGGACAAGUGUUUUGUGGAGUGGUUGGCCAUCCUUCUAGACACGACUACACAGUUGUUGGCUCAAAGGUACAGAUGGCUGCUAGGAUGCUGGUGCUGUAUCCGGGGCUGAUAGCCUGUGAUGAAGUGACUUAUUCAAAAUCUGGGCUACCCAGCCGUUUCUUUAAAAAGCUUCCAGACAAGGAGAUGAAUGAUGCUGUGACCUCUGAAGUCAUGUAUGAAUAUCUUGGCAGAAAGAAAAACCCGUAA